UGUGCUUUGUAACAGCUUCACCCGCCAUCUUCAGAAACCUCGUCUGCCUGUCUUCCUCGCGAUAAACAACCCACGUCACGAGUUAGACGUCACGAAAAAAAAAACGGUCCAAGCCUUCUAUCAGCUCCCCAGGGCCAACGUGCGCGACACCACCAAGACUCCAAACACCUGCGUCUAUACCUUUAUAUCACGAGUCUCCCAGGGCCGGCCUGACCCGUCCCUGUGUAGCCAGCCCAAUUACCUGGACACAGUCGUUCGUUCCGUCACGUUUUCUAGGACGAGAUCGCUACUCCCUCCGAUACCCUCAGCCCCGACAUGCGCCAUAACCGUCUCUUCAGAAGGGCUUUCGACAUACAUCACGACGCUGCAGCGCAAAGCGCAACUCAUACCUCCACCGACACUGAUUUGAAUGAACCCACGCCGGGACCGCUCUCUACUGCCUCUCCUGGCUCGGUCAAUAGCAUGAAGAGUCCCGUUACAACCGCUCCCAAAGCCGCGUCCGUUGCGCGGUCAUCGACCAUUCGCAGCGUUCGAAGUCGCGAUUUCGAUUCUAGUCCCCAAAGCAAAGAAAGCGUUCUAUCAAGUAGUGUUCAAAGUCACGGUACAAACGCGUCAGAGAUGGCCGCGCCACAAAUAGACAGAUCAUCGCCGAGCGUCAGGUUAAAACACGAAGGCCCCCCAGAGCCGGCCUCGAGGUGGAACAGCCACGCUGGCAACGUGAGAGUGGUCGACGCGCCGACGCCGGGAGCAGGAGACUCGUCCAUGCUGUCAGAGGGAGUUGAUGGAGGCGACGCCCAAUGGGACUCGACUGUUGGCAAGGCCGGGUUAGGGAAGACAGGCCGGGUCAUCAACAAGCUUGUUAGCGACAACGAUGCGCUGAAGCGCGAUAUCAACAUCGAGCGACUACGGGCGGAGGAGUCCAAGCAAGCAGCUAAACUUCUCGAGGACAAAAUGGAUCGUAUGGUGCAGGACUACGAAAGUCGACUGUUGGAAGCCAAUGUCACAAAGACUUUGUUAGCGCGCAAGGAACGACAAGUGGAAAGUUUACAGGCAGCUGUCGAGCUCGAGAAGAACAAGACACAAGCUGCACUAACGCGUGAGCGAGGCUGGCGGGACGAGCUGGAGAAGGUGCAGAAGGACUCGACGACGCAGGUUGAGGAGGCCACGACACAUGCUGCGCUCAUGGAAGGACGCUACAAUGCUAUUUCGUCACAUUGGAGAGACCAGGGAGAGGAAGUCAAACGCGCAGUAGCCAAGCUCCGGGCUGAGAUUAGCAGUCUGGUCAAGGAGCGGCAGGUUGACGACACCAAAAUCCAGACUCUGCGUGACCUUUGCGAGCAGCAGGACAGCAACAUCAACGAACUACGGCGAGAGAAGGAGCAGAUUGCACGCAAAUUUGAAGAGUACAAGAAGACGCAAGAUGAUGAUCUGAAGAGCAUCAAGGUCAAUGCGCGUGAAACAGAAGCAGAGCAACAGAGGAUAUUGAACGAGGCGGGAGAGACACUGAAUAAGCUACGGUGGGCUCUGAACGUCAAGAAGAAUGUCAAGGGUGCUCGAUAAGUUGCGGGAGCGCACCUCCACUGCUCGGGAUCCUUGGGGGUCCAACUGAUGGACCCCAAUGUCGACACCUGUCUCGAUCUAUCU